AUUUGUUCUUGGCCUGUGACUUGCCAGUGUCUCCCCUUCUUCACCAGAGUUUGUCCUGUCCUCCUCUUCUCAUAGGGUCUGAAGCACACAUUCCGCCAUCAUGUCUGAGAAAAGAAUGACCUCGAGCCGUAAGCAUCAUCUGAAGAGCUUGAUGCUCCAGAUUGCAGCCAAUUUGAUUGAAGAGGAGAAAAAGGAAAUGAAGGAGGAGAAAGCCAAUUUCAUGGCUAAGAUCCCCGCCCUGGAUUUGUCUGGAGAUCAAGCGGCGCUGAUGGAAAUGCUCAAAAAGUUGUCCCAGACCAUCGACAAGGUUGAUGAGGAAAGAUAUGACGCAGAAGCAAAAGUGAAGAAGACCGAAAAAGAGAUUGAGGACUUGAAGAUGAAAGUUAUUGAGGUUCAGGGCAUUAAGAAGCCAGCUCUGAAGAAAGUGCGUAUGUCUGCUGAUGCUAUGCUUGCAGCUCUGCUGGGCACCAAGCACAAGGCUUCCAUGGAUUUCAGAGCCAACUUGAAAGAAGUGAAGAAGGAGGUCAAAGAGGAGGAGGAAGUUGGUGACUGGCGUAAGAACGUUGAUGAACAGGCUGGCAUGGAUGGCAGGAAGAAGAAGUUUGAGUCCACAUAAAUGAUUGAAUUAGUUUUGGUGUUCAAAACCACGGAGGCUACUGAGUGAUUCAUUUAUCUUUGUCAUUAUUUUGAGGCACUGUUAGAGAGUUAGAGUAUAGCAUCUGAUAAGCACUUAUACUAACUGUAAACUGUCAUUGAAUUGUAACAUAUUUUCCAAAUGUAUAGGCUUAUCGAAAAUAUAUUCAACUGCCAAACUGCAGUAAUUAAAUAAAUUUCAGCAACAUGGUGAAAUGAUAGACAUUUCGUGGUCCUGUAUUGUGUUCAAUUUUGUUACCCCUUUCAGAUUUGGUCCCUCAAUGCUUUUGGAUGUAAGAUGUUCUGAAGUGUGGUUGCAAAAAAGUUGACUUGCUUCCCUUCUAAUUUCGGGAAUCUUCCAAUCAGGAUUUCUGGAACACCUAGAGAUUUUGGGAAAGUUACCAGCAUUUUGCAACUCUAUUCUGGAGAAGCCUAGAUCAGCUUGGGUCAAGGAUAUCCAAAUACUAUAUAAAAAAAUCUGAAUUAUAAACCACAAGAUGUCAGGAUAGUAGAACAUUCUAUCUCUUUCUUAUGACCUUUCCUCUUUCUUUCAUUCCCUCUACCCCACUCUCUCCUCUUUCUCGGACGGAUUCCUCUUUGACCAACAAACAAGCAUGUCAUCUUUGACAAAUAUUCAUCAAACAUCCUCCCCAUAAACUUUCAAAUUGAAGGUAUGGCAAUGGAUAAAGGGAGGAAAGUUAAUGAGUUUUGAACAAACAAAGGCAAAAUGCACUUGUAACCAAGUGUAAUGUGUAACCAAGCAGAAUAAUAAGUAGAGUAGCAUUUCAGUUAUGUGUUAUUUGUUUAUCUACAUUUGUUAUAUGUGGGCCUGCUUAAUUAAGCACUCAACUUAUUAGAUUGUGUUUUGUCUUUAAGACAAUAAAUUAAUGUACAACUUUUGAAAAUCUAUUAAGAUUGUAAAGUAGUUUUCUGGAAUUGAUAGUAUGAUUCACUUGUUUAAUUACAUUACUAUGAUUCACUUGUUUAAUUAGAUUCCAACUUCAAUUCAUAGAGAUUUUAAAAAUAACAUUUCUAUACAGUAUUGAUUACACAUUUAGGCAUCCAAAAGGAACUGAAAGUAAAUUUUUGUCCAAUACUUACAUUUGUUAUCCAUGUUGCCCGUGAAUAUCAUAGACAUAGAAUAACUUCACUCAUAUCUAUAAUUACUUUCCCAAUCGCUCCCAUACUGUACUGUAAUUCUAUACUCACUAGCCAGAGCAACAUACAUGUAUUUUCUUGGAAGACAUCUCGAAGGAAAUAAUAUGAGGUGAACAGGGUUGGGCAGAGUGUAUUUCAGGAGCUCGAUGUUCCAUUGGUCUGACACGGAAACCACUUCCAUAAAGAGGACCCAGUGCUUCUGCUGAUGUAUCAUCCGACACCAUAUAUACCGUGUUUCAUGUUUCACUGCCUGUUGCUUGCCACUGUGCUAGUCUUCCCUUCUUCCUCCAGGUGUGUCCUGCCCUCUUCCUCUUCCUUUCAUAGGGUGUGAAGCACAACAACAGCCAAGAUGUCAGA